UUUGUAGAUAUGGAUAUAAUGAGGACCAACUGGGGUUACUGGGUUUGGAUGUGUGUGAUGGGACUAGCGGGACUCAGGGGCUUGGCAAAGGCUGGAUGCUUGGAGGCUGGCAAGUGCUGUAAAGGUCGGGACCUAACAUGUACCACCCAGGGCUGGAGGAUGGAUAGAGUGUAUGGCACCUGUUUCUGCGAUCAGACCUGCGCUCUCACCGGGGACUGCUGCUAUGACUACUCCCAGGCUUGUCCAGCUCGUGACUGUGUUGUGGGUGAGUGGAGUCACUGGAGCGGCUGUGCAAACCAGUGCUCGCCGACAGUCCGGGUGCGCAGACGAGAAGUGGUACAGGAGCCCGAAAACGGAGGAGAGACCUGCCCACCACUGGAAGAAAAGGCUGGGUGUCUUGAGUACUACACGUCCCAGGGCAAGGACUGCGGACAUUCAUAUGUGCCUGCUUUUAUAACUACAUCUGAGUACAACAAAGCAAGAAGAAAACGCACUUUGUCUCGUGACUGGUCAUCUGUUACAGAGGAUUCAGGGUACUGUGUUGAGUUUCAGAUACAAUCCUUAUCUCAAGCUUGCCUGUCAGAGAACCGGCCACAUGCCCGUUGGAUGCAGUAUUUGCGUGAAGGAUACACGGUCUGUGUAGCAUGUCAGCAUCCGGCAAUGGACAUCAGAAACCAUCGUUGCUAUGGAGAUGGCAAUGAUACUGAUGGAAGCAAGCUUCUACGAUGGCAAGCUGUAGGAAACCCCCAAUGUCAAGGAUCCUGGAGAAAAGUGAAGCAAGUUGACAAGUGCUCCUGUCCAGAGGUCCACAGCUUUAUAUUUACAUGAUGUUAUUAAGUAUCAGCAGAAACCUUUAUUUCAAAAUAAAUAUAAAGUUUUAACUAUC